AUGGUUGGACCUUCGCCUCACAAGCCACGGCGGAAGGUCAAAAAGACAAGCAAUGGCAGUGAACCCUCCUCGGCGACAUCCUCCUCCGCGGGACGAACGAGCACAAGUCGCCCAGCAUACCCCCUCGCAGCUUUCCUCUGGCCUGCGCGAAGCUCCGUAUCGCAAUGGGAGAUUCUGCCGUUGAUAUUGAUGGCUGUAGGGCUUUUCAGGUGGGCAGCCGGUCUUUGGGGAUAUUCAGGCUUCCAGAAUCCUCCUCUACAUGGCGACUACGAAGCACAGAGACAUUGGAUGGAGAUUACGACUCAAUUGCCCAUCUCGCAAUGGUACUUUCACGACCUCGAAUGGUGGGGGUUGGACUAUCCGCCCUUGACCGCAUACCAUAGCUGGCUUCUUGGGAAGAUUGGAGGAUUUAUCAACCCAUCUUGGUUCGCCCUGCACACAUCUCGCGGACUCGAAGAUCCUAGCUUGAAGAUAUUCAUGCGAGCUACGGUCAUUGUAUCUGAAUACCUGAUCUACAUACCGGCUGCUGUCAUCUUUGUCAGGAGACUGACGAAACUCCAAGGAAUCAACUCAUGGAACGCUUCAAUUGCAUUGACUGCAAUUUUGAUGCAGCCUGGGAUGAUUCUGAUCGAUCAUGUACACUUCCAAUACAACACGGUAAUGCUCGGAUUGGUGCUGGCAAGUAUGUCGAGCGUACUUGCGGGACGAUUCAUGUGGAGCUGCGUGUUUUUCGUAUUGGCUCUGGGAUUCAAGCAGAUGGCUUUAUAUUACGCCCCCGCAAUGUUCGCAUACCUUCUCGGAGUCUGUCUCUUCCCAAGGAUCAAUAUACCUCGAUUUCUAGGAAUAGCUGUUGUCACACUGGUUUCGUUCGCUCUACUUCUCCUACCUCUGGUGCUAGGCGCGCUGUAUGAUGCGCGCCGUGGAAUUGUCGCUCGUCCUGAUCUUCAUGGCCACUUUGCUCCUCUGCCAAUAUUCAGCGAAUACUCGUAUCUGGUCAACUACAAAGCAUGGUAUUAUCCAGUCAUUCUACAACUGGCGCAAAUGGUCCAUCGUGUGUUCCCUUUUGCUCGCGGACUUUUCGAGGACAAAGUUGCGAAUUUCUGGUGUGCUCUAAACGUCAUCAUCAAGUUGAAGCAAUACCCAUCCGAGAUGCUUCAACGAGCCUCUCUCUUGCUCACACUCGCAGCAAUUACACCACCUUGCUUUGUGAUAUUUGCCAAGCCAAAGAAGGAAUUGCUUCCCCUUGCACUUGCCACAACUGCAUGGGCAUUCUUCCUUUUCAGCUUCCAGGUUCACGAGAAGAGUGUUCUACUCCCAUUAAUGCCAAUGACUGUACUCAUGGCAGGGAAGCAUGGUCUCAGUAAGAAUGUUCGUGCCUGGGUCGGGUUUGCAAACCUACUUGGGGUUUGGACGAUGUUCCCACUCCUUCAACGAGUCGAUCUGAGGAUCCCAUACUUUGUUCUAUCCCUCCUAUGGGCAUAUCUCCUCGGCCUUCCACCAACAUCUUUUGCUGUCUACAAGCAAGAUGGGAACGCCACAUUUGCAGGGUUCGUCACAACCUCAUUGCACACGAUAUUCUACGCGGCCAUGGCAGUCUGGCACGUUGCAGAAGCUUUCCUGCUACCUCCUACUGGAAAGCCUGAUUUGUGGGUCGUUGUCAAUGUUGGGAUUGGAGCUGUGGGAUUUGGGAUCUGCUAUCUGUGGUGUUUUGUCACAUUGGUUGCAGAAAGUGGACUAUUGGAUUUUGCGUCCUCCAGGACAGAGAAGAGGAAAGCUAAGACUCAGUGA